GGGAACGGGCCGGGGGAGAGCCUCGGGCGGGAGCGGGGAGCACCGCGGCGGUGCGGUCCUCGCAGCCUCGGGGGGGCGAGGGAGGGUGUGCGUUGAGGGAACGGAGGUCCUGGGGCGGUUACGUGAGGGAAUGGGUGUCCUGAGCUGGGUCUGUGAGGGGAUGGAGGUCCUGGUGUGGUGACAUGAGGAGGAAGAGGUCCUGGUGUGGCUGCGUGAAGGGAUGGAGUCCCCCGUGCAGUUACAUGGUGGGAUGGAGGCUCUGGUACGGUUAUGUGAGGGGAUGGAGAUCUUAGUGUGGUUACAUGAGCAGAUGGAGGUCAUGGUGUGGUUCCUUGAGGGGAUGGAGUCCCCAGCGCGGUAACGUGAGGGGAUGGAGGCCCUGGUACCAUUAUGUGGGGAGUUCCAGGACCUGGUACACUUACGUGAAGAAAUGUAGGUCCUAGUGUGGUUGCAUGAGGGGAUGGAUGCCCCAGUGCAAUUAGGUGAGGUGCUGGAGCCCAUGACAGGACAGAGGCCCUGGCGUGGUUCCAUAAGGAGAUGGAUAACCCAAUAUUGUUAUGUGAGGAGAUGGGCCCCUGGUAUGAGCCCCAUCUGGGACGAGAUCUCUGGGAUGAGAUGGGGGCCCUGGUGCAGUUCUGUGAGGUGAUAGAGGCCUGGUAUGGUUACAUGACUGACAUUGCUUGAAGGCUCUACGUACGUGUCUCAGGAGGACACCAAAGAGCAAUGCAGUUGGCUGUGCCGCUGUGGUUUCUACCAUGUGCAGCAGCUGCUAGGGAAGAGGUGGUUGUAGGGGCAGCAGGGUCAGCCUGGUGCUGGGCUGUGUGGGUGCAAGAGGCUGCUGGCUGAGCCGUGGGUUCCAUCCCCACCAGAGACUGCCGGUCGGUGCUGCGCUCACAGCCAGGCUUGCCCUCGCUGCGCUUGUCCCAUCGACCUCAUUUUUCCUGGUUGCUUCUGGGAACAGUAGGAUCCUAUUUGUCUGAGGGCAGAACUAGGGGAAUCUGUGUGGUGCCACAUGCAGUGCUUGGUGUUAAGCUCUGAGAGCACUCCUGCUGCUGCCUGGGAUUUACCCAUUCCUCUGUUCCUGCAUCCCCAGAAAUGAGGGACAGAGGAGCAGCCCUUGCUGGAAAUGAGGAUUUCCAGCCCCAGGAUCUGUGAGCUCUGGACAUCCCUUCUGGCACGUGCAGUCCCUUCAGCCCCUGGUGUGAGCCAUACGCUGUGUAGGAGUACAGUCACAGGAGUUGCUCCCUUCCAUGCCGGCAUCAGCCUCUUGCUUUUCAGCCCUGGAAAAGCACCCUCUCUCCUCACCCCCAUGCUGGAAAAUGCUGUGCUGUCACUACUGGAGUCAGCCUGCUUGCAUCUCCAAGGGAGGGAGCAGAUGGAGACUGCCCUGGCAAUCCUCUGCACUGAAGUCAAGCUGGGAGCUGCCCGACUUGCGAGAGGGAAGAGUAAAAGCCAUCAGUGAUUCUGAUGGAGUGAGCUACCCCUGGUAUGGAAACACCACAGAAACUGUGACCCUGGUCGGGCCCACGAACAAGAUCUCCAGGUUCUCGGUGAGCAUGAAUGACAAUUUCUACCCCAGCGUGACGUGGGCUGUUCCUGUGAGCAACAGUAACGUGCCGUUGCUGACCAGGAUUAAAAGGGACCAGAGCUUUACCACGUGGCUGGUGGCUAUGAACACCACUACCAAGGAAAAGAUCAUCUUGCAGACUAUAAAGUGGCGGAUGCGAGUGGACAUUGAGGUUGAUCCCAUGCAGCUCCUAGGGCAGCGGGCACGACUGGUGGGAAGGACUCAGCAGGAGCAGCCACGGAUCCUGAGCAGGAUGGAGCCCAUCCCACCAAAUGCACUAGUGAAACCCAAUGCCAACGAUGCCCAAGUCCUCAUGUGGAGACCCAAGCGAGGCCAGCCUAUAGUUGUUAUACCUCCCAAGUAGCGCAGCACCAGGGCACACACUGAUGUGUGCACGUGGGGACCUUGGUGCUGUCGGUGUGGUGCAAAUGAGUGGGAUUCCUGAGCCAAAGCAGACCUCUUGGGUUCACCUGCCCUUGUAGCUGCGGUUGGAAAGAGAGCAUGAGCUUGGCCUGGCUGUGGAGGGGGGUUGCUGAGCUGGUGGAUUUCCCAGGAAGUGGAUUUAAGUGCUUCUAGGGCUUGUGGCUGGAAAAGAGGCUGUCUUACCUAACCAACUCCUGCCUCCUUGCAGGGAAGUGUGAGGAGCAGGAGCAUGAUCAAACCGUGCCUGUGGCAAAUGCUGCUUUCCACCCCAUUAGCUGUAGAAGAGGAGCCCAUGCCUGCCAGACGUGGGGGGCUUGUGCAGUCACCCUUCCCCUCGAUGUCUCUACCUAUGCAUUUCGGACCGAUAAUCAGCGCGUUGCCACGCUUGCUGGGACUUGGAAAGGCCUGGGAGCAGUGAGGGAGCUGGUGCUCAGCCAGAGCCCAGUGCCAGCAGUCAUCUCUGCCCAAGAGGGCCUAUCUGCAGCUGAGUGGAAGUGGGACAUUUUGCAUGCAUCUCGGUGUGUUUGGAGUAGUUGUGAAUGUAGGAGAUGACAUAGUUCAUUCCUGUCUAGGAGUGAGACCUGAGGGCAGGUUAGAUAUCCUUUAGUUUUAAGGUGCACUAAAUCUUUGCAGUUCUUCCCCUCCCCAUCCCCUCCAGCCAUUUUUUUUUGCUGGAGCAAAAAUUAUUCUCAGCCAGAAGAGAAAUCGCAAGCAUUGCCUUUUUACACAGGCAAAGGAGAGCAGGCAGUUACUGAUGGUGUUUGCGUGGUAUCCAAAAAAGCUUGGAGGUACUCCAGGAUUUGGAUGCUUCCACUGCAAACGUGAGUGCAUAACAAGAAGUUGGGUGCUUGUUCAUUUUCCACCCAAAUGCCUGCUGGUGUGGGGAGUCUGAUCCUCAGCCACCCAUGGAGCAGUGCAGUGUGCAUGCACGUGCAGGUUGCUCGUGCUGUUGCAGGUGUCUGGCAGGUUGCCUUUUUCCCCGCCCUGUGCCCUUUCCUCACUGCCUGGAUUGCUGGCGUCGUUCUGGUCCGUGGGGAGGUGCUGGUCCUGUGGGCUGCAAUGUAUAAUUCCCUGCUUGUUUUAGCAGGGGCGCAACAUUUCUCCUCUUUCAGCUGAGCCCUGGUGGUUGCACCUUUCUGGAUGCAGCAGAGGCAGAAGCCACAGUUGGUCUGUCCCCACCCAGGAACAGCUUCAGGUGCCCUGUGUUCCCAUAGUGUCCCGAGCAGAUGAAUAUGGCUUUUGCUGCUUUCCCUGCUCUGUUUCCCGCUGCCAUCCCUCCAGCUCGUGCCCCUGCCUUUGUGCAGUGAAGGUUUCUGCUGCUGUGGGGAUGUGAGGUAUUCCUGCUCGGAGCUUCCUGCAUCCCCUCUGCUGCUGGGAGAGCCUGGGAAGCGUUGCCUCACUGGCUACUCUCGUGCAAAGCCUUUCUUGCAGCAUCAGGAGCAAUUCCUUGCACCUGACUGUCAGGCAGCCCAGCUCAGGGCUUCUUUGCUUCCCCCAGGGUGCAAAACGUGCUCUCCCUGCUGCAGAGGAGCCUUUCUCCUCAGUGCGCACGCGCCUCGGGGCAGAGCCUUCCCACAGCAUCGCUCUCCGGAGCACGCACAAAUCCCUGCAAAGCUUCAGGCGCAGCUCGUGCUUUUCCAGGGUGAGACGCACACCCCUGGCAUCUGGGAGCUGGCCCCCAGGAGCAAAGGGACUCCCAGGUGUCUUAGACCAAAAAUCCCUGUGAAAUCCCCAUGCUAUUUGUUAUUCUCAGUAGCCUUUGCUACGGAUUCGGUUCCUUAUUCUCUUUCCUUCGGAGGCAUUGCACACCAACGCCCCGAUGAACACUUUGAAGUGCUGUGGGCUGCGGUCCCGCUCCUCCUGCUCAGCUUGGUGCAGACGGAGGGGUUUGGUGGUCUGGGAACUGGCUGCUUUGGGUUAGCUGAGGGCUGGGUAAAUCCUUGCCGUGAGAAAAGCCUGGAGGGAGAGCAGGCUCUGAGCUCUGGUCUGCUUUGUUUUCCUGAGCGGAGUUUCUGCAAGGAAAUGGUCACCACAAGACACCUUGUUUUUGUGAGAUUUGGCCAGUGUUUUUAUAUGGACACAUGAUCAAAGGCAGUUUUAGCCAUCGCUGACGUUUUGUUUAUCAAAAGUGUAUGUGGAAAAGGUGUUAGAAACUUUCAAUACAAUUUGCAUUAAAAUCUGGGGGAGGAGGGAAGAGGGGGACGUACCUUUCAGUGUGAAAUAAGACAGAUGUGUAUUGUUGACCCGCUAGGACAGAAACAAUCCUGAAAGCUCCUGUGAAACCUCUUCGCAGGGGCCAGAGGGCAGCUGAGCCUGAGGAAAUGGUGCAGUGAAGGGCUGCGUGGCACUGAAGCACAGAGGAAGGGAGAGAGGGAGGCAGAGGAGAGGCUACAUCUCGGGGUGUAGGGAGCGAUCAGCCCCUCUGAGGAUCUGCCUGCAUGUUCAAGUCUGGGGUCGCUUGCAGCUUGGCUGCCCUUAUUUCUGAGGCUCCCAAUUGGGAGCUCCAGUGCUGGCUCUGGGAGGAGCACCUGGACUCCAGAACUCAGCUGUAAAACCACCCCGUGGUUUGCUAGCCCCUCCAGCACUCCAUCCCCUUCCCCGCUUGUAGCCGGCACCUCGUUAUCUCAGGGAGGGACAGGUCGCGCUUCCCCCUCAUCCCGAGGUGCCCCUUCUGCUCCGUCCUGUGGUGUUUUCAGGCUGUGCCCACAUGCCACUUGGGCACGGCUCUAUGGGAAGCAUCCAUCAAUCUCUCUGGGUUCAGAGCGUCGCCGUGAGUGCUGCAUGGCGCAGGGAAAUGCCUGCGGGGCAGGCGUGUGAAGCCGGAGCGGGUGCCGUAAGUGCCACCCCUGUCCUGGGCGCCCACGCGGACACAGCUGCUUGCUCGCGUGCUCGGCUCACUUAUUUAUUUCUUAUUUAUUUCUUAUUUAUUUCUUAUUUAUUGAUUUAAGAUGUAUUUAAGUUAUUUAUUUGUAUUUAUUGACAGCUGGAACUCGGAGGUCAUUUCUGCUGUGCGGCAGGGGUGGCUGGGUCUCCCCUGUGCAUUUUGGGAGCGCCGAUGGGGAGGGAUGCUUGCAGGCACCUGCUCCCAUCCUAUCCCCUUUUGGGAGGGAGGGAGGGAGAACUGGGGAAGAGGAAUCACGUAAAUGCCUGCAGGGAGGACAUCCUGUGCCUGACCUCUUCCUGCAGGAGCUUGAAGCCCCUUCGUCCCCCUCAGGCACUGCGCUCCCUCCCGUGCCCAUCUGUAUUUAUUGGCCCGGCCUCCUGGUGUUUUUCUGUUUGGCUCACGCUAUACGUGAUGUUGCCAAUUUCGGGACAUGGUGAUAAGAGCAAGGACGUGUGGGUGUGACUAUGGAGAAAAGACAAAAUCAGGUAUUCUGCUGUUGUGUGGGGAAAAUCAGAAGGAAGAGAAGACGAAAGCUGGUUUUGCAGAGUGCCUUAAACACAAAUGACUUUACAGAGUAGGGGGCUUGGACUUUUGUCUUUGGAUGUUAUUGCAAACUCAAACAAAUGUUGCAUUUCACUUCUCUGGGAUUAAAAGAACGUUCAAUCUGUACUGGAAUCAAA